UCAGAAAAAGUAGGAGCCAAUAAGGUUAACGCCUGGAUUGUUUCGUUACCACGGUUACGCAACAACUAGCCCGUUGGUCCGUGGGUUGGGUGGCUUCUAUGCUUAAAUAAACUCUAUAUUUUAUCUUAAAAUGGAUGACAUUGCGAGUUUAGAAGUCAGAUGGAUUCAAGGGGUUUCGAACAGCGUUGUGUUUGUGGACAAUAAAACAAUAUGUUACACACGUGGAAGUCAUUUAUGUUUCCUGAAUCUGGCAAGCAAAGUGCAAAGUGUGUUGCAGAAUCCUGGUAGAGGCAUCGGUGCCUUCACGGCCGAUGGCAGCGGGUGUGUUUGUGCUUUCUCAGAGCAAAAGCUGCUCCCAUCCGUAUUUGUCUACAGCUUCCCUGAACUUCAGGUGAAGAACGAACUUAAAGGAACAGCACAACUGGACUACACAUCUCUGACAUUAAGUAACUGUGGACCAUAUUUGGGUUGUUGUUCCUCUAUUCCAGACUACACAAUAACCAUAUGGAACUGGGAAACUGCUGAGCCAAUUUGUACACGGCCACAAGCUGGAAAAGAUGUUAUUUCUUUGGUGUUCAACCCACACAACUGGCUCCAGCUCUGCGCUUUGGGUUCCACGUCCGUCACUCUGUGGACCGUUGAGAAGAGUGCCGGCUACCAUGCACUGAAACCAAGUGUGAUUGAUCUUCCAGCAACUGAUGGGACAUUUGUUGAGAAGCAGGUGUACUUGUCCCAUAGUGGCCAUAACAAUGUUCCAUAUUUCGGUCCAGAAAUGCCUGUAACCGCCAUCUCAGGCCUCAAAGGAGACGUGGCAGAGAGCGUUGUGAGUAAACUCUGCUCCAAGGCCAGACUGAGCCCUGCGUCUGUCUGCUGGACCAGCGCGUCGCAGCUUUACGUGGGCUGCGCAGAAGGCUUCCUUCUCCUGGUCGACCCGGAGAGCGCCUCCGUUUCCGUCCUCUUCAACCCCCAAUCUUCUGAUGCCACACCUGAACUCACGCGGUGCAGCUUUCAAAGUUUAACUGUGUGCAAGCAUGGUUUGAUUGUUCUAGGAAAGGAGAGUUUGGUGCAUUGUCUGCAAAUUAAAGAGACACAAAUCAGCAUCACAAAAACCUGGCGUGUAGAAGGAUCUGUCACAACUUUAACCUGUUCUCCUGAUUCAGAAUAUUUACUAUUAUAUUCUAAUACAAGUCAGAUCUAUGUGUUGAACCCAGUCCAGUCAGACAGCAUUGUGAAAAGGGCUGAUGUUGUCAAUGGCAACUUUGUGGCAGCGGCUGUGUUACAAAGCAACAACAUCUUUGUGUUGGUAACAGAUUCUGGAGAGCUGCAGGUGUGUUCUGCCGUGGGCGUCCUCCUCAGCUCCCUGGCGCUCCAGGCUCAGGGAACCAGUCUGGCCUGCUGCCCUAUUGCACAAUACGCCGCUGUCGGAACCACCUCUGGGAGAGUCCUCUUCAUUGAUCUGAACAAUGAGCAGCAGCCUCGCUUGGUGCACCAGGUUCAACUGUACCGCUGCACUGUGGACCACCUAAUUUUCGAUCCUGAGGGGCACUACCUUCUGACCGGUGCUUCAGAUUCACACAUCUUCUUGCUGGAUGCAAAGCCAUCAAACUCGUUCUCAGUCAUAGGAUACACAGUUGCUCCGGGGGCCAUUUUGUCCCUUUCCCUUCAGUGCACCAGGGGCUGCGAGCAGGUGAAAGUUCUGGCGCUGUGCUCGGGCCGGGAGGGCGAACGGCACGAAGGCAGCGUUCUCACCUUGCUCACGCUGCCUAAAAGGAGCCGCGCAGAUCCAGUCUGUGUGGACCGAUAUGGUUGUUUGUCUACCAGUACCUUCAAAGCGUCCACGUAUGAGGUACCUCAUCCAGUCAGUUCCUGUGUGCUGGGCGACCACGAGGUCUUUGCUUACUGCCACAGGAGGAAAUCCCUGCAGCGAUUCCCCCUCCCCCAGGACACAGAUGAUGCUAGUCGACAGGUAGUGCAUCUGGAACCACAGCAGGAGGUGGGGGGGCAUCCUCUGGGCCCCGCCUCCCUCGCUUUGUCUGCUCAUCAGCUGUGGCUGGCUUCUAUAGGCCGAGACGGCCUCCUGCGCGUUAGGGAAACUGCGUCUAUGGAGCGCUACGUCGAGCUGCAGUGCCAUUCGUGUCGUCUUGGGGGAUUUGGGAACGUGUGUUUCUCUGCAGACAGCCAGACGCUCAUCACUGCCGGCUUCAGAGACGGCUCAGCUGUGUGCAGUAUUCUCAGAAAUAAAUGUGUGGAUGGCGAUAAGGUGAAAGAAGCUGCCUUAUAUGACCUGUCCAUGGCUCAUUACUUAAGGAACGUGUUCCAUAAAGAGAACCUGAUCCUGACUGAGAUGCCUGAGUGGGAGUCUGAGCGUGAGCUCAGACAGGAAACGGACGCUGUGGAUGUGACGGUGCAGCGAGGCAGCGGACGCCCCCCCCUCCAGCUGUCGGCCCCACCUUCACACCCCACCUGGCUGGAAAGCCGGCACCGGGCGGUGAUAGAAGAAGACAACGAGAAGCUCUCCGAAACAAAGACAAACCUGAGGAAAACCAUCAGAGAGUUAUGUGACACUAUUCAGCAGAUGAUGCUUGAAAAUGAGGACCUCCCAGACGUGGAGCGUCUGGAACAACAUGAGUUUAACUUGGACACUGAGGAGCAGAAGCGACUGGACGCCGAAGUGGACGAGGAGGUUUCUAGGGUGAGAGAUGAAAUGGAGUGGGAGAUUCUGACCAAAUGUUACCUCUAUGAUGUCCUGAAAAGGCAAUGCUGGGAUUCAGUAAUGACCAAAGGCAGGUCUGUUGAGGCCUUUCACUCUGACCUCAAGGUCAAGAACUACGCUCUGAGAGCGCGAACAGAACAAGACAUGGAGGACCUUCGCAUGGUUCACAAUAUGAGGACGAUCGAAAAGGCUGCGUCCGCUCAGAGCAACUUAAAGGACGGUUCCAAAGAAGUGGGAAGUGUGGACGACGGCAAAGAGGAGAGUGCUGCUUUAACGGGGAGUUUCUCUGCUCAGCUGGGAUAUUCAAAUCCGUACGUCUACGAUCAGUUCAGCCUCAAAACCACAGAACAGAGGAUCAACCAAAUCACUCUGCUGCAGGACGUGAUUUAUUGCAUCAAAACCGCUUUCAAUGCCGAGUUCGAGGCCGUGCACAGGCAGAAGGUGCAGGAGCUGAACCGCGUGAGGGACAGGAACAGACAAAUCGGAGCGAUUAUGCUGGCGCUGAACUCGAGCGAGACGCUGUGGGAGCCCGGCUUGAGCCGCAGCGAGUGGCCGGAGAGGAUGCUCACGGUGGACGAGGCCGAGAUAAAAGCACAAAAGCACCUCACCCCAGAACAGAAGGAGGAGGAAAAGAGGAGAAAGCUGGAGGAGCAGCAGCGUUUGGCUGCCAAGGGUGAUAAUAGCAGAGACAGGGCUCUCAGUGACAUGAUGGAUGGCGUGCUCCAAGUAAAGAAAGUGGACAUUUUGAAAAUGGAAAUACCGCCGCCUGAGUUUGUUUUGACCAAAUCUGACAUCGACUGGAGCGAGGAGGAGAAAAAAGCCUUUAAAGAGUUUGAAAAGAAAACCAAAGACCUGAAUGAGGAAAAAGAAAAGUACAAAAAGUUACUGGAAGCUGAAAUCAAAAAGCUGCAGGCAGCCUCCUGGGAUGCAACUGAAGGGUUUGAUGAAACCCUGACAAAGCUGUUUGAGAAGAAAGUGAGAUGUGAGACCGCCAUAUAUCAGGAAGAGCUCAAGAUCUCCUGUCUCGUUUGCUCCGUCCUCACAGAGGAGGAAAUGAGAAAUCGCGAGCUGGAGCUCAAGCUCCAACUUGACAAAAUGUUGGCGUACAAGGAUGAAAUCGCAGGGGAUCUGAAGAAACACGAGGAAGAACUUGAAUUGUUUCAAGAGACCUUUGACAGUAUUGUAGCUGAGGACAAAGUUCUUGACAAAGAAUUUAGGAAGGACUUCUUCGAUGUCCCGACGCAUAUGGUUGAUCACCUGUACAAGCUGUUCAAGCGUAGACCCAGGGUUCAAAAGGUGAGGGCGCAGGCUGAAAAGAACCUCGGCUCGCUCAAAGAGCAACGUCUGUGUGCCUCCCUGGCUCCUGAAGCUCUUGGCAAAAUGCUGAAGGCCAUGGAGGAGCUGGAUGCUGCGGAGAACGCACCAGAAGGCUUGAACCCAUCGAUCUGGGAGAGGUUCUGUCUCGUCCGCAGAACUAAAGUGGAGAGUGAGCAAAAGGUAAAAGUAAAAGCGUUAACUCUGGCCGAGAUGAAGACGUUCCUGCAGAAAAAGAGAGACGAGGAAAGGGCUGCUCAACAGGAAGCUAAACAUCUAUCUGACAAACUUGAAAGUGAUGCUCUGCUGGCUCUUGUCCUGUUUGCUUCUAGUCUACAUAAGGAGAGGACGCACUUCCAGACAGACAUAAUGGUUCAGAUCCUGCUCAAACAGGGUCAGGGAGAGGUGUCGACCACAGGCCUGACUCCUGACUACACUCACUCUGUGCUCCAACAUAGGAGCGUGGUGGAGGACUUGAACAGAACAAUCAGGAUGCUCGCAGAGCAGAAGAUCGCAUCCAUGGUGGAGCGCAAAGACUUCCGAAAGGGCAUCAUCCGCUUAGAGUGGGACAAUAAAAUGAGGAGAAUGCAGAUCGAGGACUUCAUCAACAAGACGCGCGACAUCCAGAUGUUACAGCUCAGCGAGGAGCAACAGGAUUAUCUCCAAAAGACAGAUCAAGACAGUCGUGUGUCCAAGCAAGUUUCCAUUUUGGAGAAAACCAUAGAUUUCCAAGAAAAGACUCAUCUACAGAAUGUACAGCAUCGCAUGAAAAAGACAGCGCAGCUUAAGAGGCAGGCGGCAGUAAUAGCUUCCAAAAACACAGCUUUAGAUCAGCAGCUUUCUGAGAUGCAGGUGACCGUGGCAGAGAGGAAGCACAUCUGUGAGGAAAUAGCAUCAGAAGAAAAUGAGGCUGCUAAAUCAGAGGAGCGCUACCAGGAAAUCCUUCAGAAGAGGAACCUGGAGAACUUAGCCCGAGCUCAGGCAGAAGAGCUGGCGUUCUUCGGUGCAGAACUCGAACGUCUGAGGAUGAAGAACUUUCCUUCACUUGAUAAACUGCAGCACAACUGAACUGAGCUUUCAAAAAUAACAUUUUAUUUUAACUUAAGUUGCACAGAAAACUUACAACUUGGUGAACAAAAAAACAUAGCAGCAAAAAAUAAAACAACCAACUGAGGAAAUCUGAAAU